UGCUUCAUGUCUCUGUAACCACAGCGAACCGUAUACAACAUUAUUCCAUGAUUUUUACAAAUAGUUCGACAAAGUUUGAUACAUCUUCGGACGAUCUGCUGAAAAUGGGCAGUUUAGUCCAAGCGGAAGAACGCAGAACCCCAGAUAUAUGAGCAGUACUCUAAGCUGGAUCUUAUCUAGUCCUUGUACAAGGCGUGGAGAAAGGUACUACUUAACCCUAAACAGAUAUCUCCACUUCUCCUCAGUGAUAAAUGCAACAUUAGCUUUUUUUGGUAUCACCAAACUGUUGAGCUUACGACUGAACCGAGACAAAAUUGCAGUAUUGAUUAACAAAUCGAGUAAAUUUUUGGAUUUAGAAACUUGCGAUGAAGAAAACAUUAUUGCAGAUUGUAAGGCAUACAACUCAAUAAUCACCACUAUGCUUCGUGUCUUGGUUGCUGCUUUAUUUGGCAACAUUCUUGUCUUUAACGCAGCCGCGGUACUUUUGGGCGAUGGAGACGUUUCCUUGCUGACCAUCUACAAACCCUCGUUUGUACCAGGAUUCAUAAUGUACCUCGGACAGAACUACGUCUUAGUUUUGGUUGUCACUGCCGUAGUAGCACAUGAUGGUAUUCUCAUUACCUGCAUUAUAAUGGCACAGGUGCAGUUCAAACUGAUCAAUAACAAAUUAGCAAAACUGUUCGUUAAAAAUCAGCAAUACCGCAAAAAUGACUUCGAUAAGAGUAUAAAGGAGUGUGUUGAUCAUCACAACUAUCUAUUAGAAUUCGUUAGCUAUACAAACAGAACGUUUUCUUCAACAUUGCUAGCCUAUCUGGCCAUUGUCAUUCUAGCGAUGUGUGUAGAAUUUUACACAGUGAGUAAACAGUAAGUCACAAGCUGUCAUUUUACCCCGCUUCCGUACUUAUGUCAGAUUUUUCCAGAAUAUCGUUGGAGGCAACUUUGAAGGCUCUAAUUUAUAUAAGUGCCGUACUAUUUCAGUUAGUUUGUUUUAACUGUAUGCCUGGGCAGCUCUUGACGAAUGAGACGGAGAAAACGUCAGAGGUAGCAUUUUACAGCAACUGGGAAGAGGUAUCUUCCCCCUCAGUUAUGUGCGCGGUUAAAAUGAUUAUCCACAGAACCCAGAAGCCGGUAUUUAUAUCAGCAGGCGGUAUUUUGUCGAUAAAUAUGGGCACCGGUAUGGCUACAUUGAAAACUAUAUUCUCAUACUACAUGUUCCUGAGAACAGUGACAGAAGUCGUGGAUUGAACAUAUUUCUCUGAUAUCUAACAGCACACUUCACCAGGUUUGAAAUAAAACUUCAAUGUUAAAUCGAGAUACUUUAUUUUCUCAUUCGAUUCAGCACAACAAAAUAAAGAAAACGCACUUGCAGUACUUAAAA